AUGCACCCCACCAAGCCCAGGAGCCCCAGCCCCGGCACGACGGCCUGGGACUACUCGGGCUCCGGCGACCUGGAGGAGCUGGAGCCGUGCCCGGCCCCGGACCUGCCCUACGGCUACGCCUACAUCCCCGCGCUCUACCUGGCGGCCUUCGUGGUGGGCCUGCUGGGCAACGCCUUCGUGGUGUGGCUGCUGGCCCGGCGGCGCGGCCCGCGGCGCCUCGUGGACACCUUCGUGCUGCACCUGGCCGCCGCCGACCUGGGCUUCGUGCUCACGCUGCCGCUGUGGGCGGCGGCGGCGGCGGGCGGCGGCCGCUGGCUCUUCGGCGACGGCCUCUGCAAGCUCAGCGGCUUCGCGCUGGCCAGCACGCGCUGCGCAGGCGCGCUGCUGCUGGCGGGCCUCAGCGUGGACCGCUACCUGGCCGUGGUGAAGCUGCUGGACGCGCGGCCGCUGCGCACGCCGCGCUGCGCGCUGGCCGUCUGCUGCGGCGUCUGGGCCGUGGCGCUCCUGGCCGGCCUGCCCUCCCUGGCCUACCGGCGGCUGCAGCCGCUCCCCGCCGGCGGGGGCAGCCAGUGCGGGGAGGAGCCCUCCGACGCCUUCCAGGGCCUGAGCCUGCUGCUGCUGCUGCUCACCUGCGUGCUGCCCCUGGGCGUCACCCUGGUCUGCUACUGCCGCAUCUCCUGCCGCCUGCGCAGGCCGCCGCACCUGGGCCGGGCGCGGAGGAACUCGCUGCGCAUCAUCUUCGCCGUCGAGGGCGCGUUCGUGGGCUCCUGGCUGCCCUUCGGCGCCCUGCGGGCGCUCUUCCACCUGGCGCGCCUGGGGGCGCUGCCGCUGCCCUGCGGCCUGCUGCUGGCGCUGCGCUGGGGCCUCAGCAUCGCCACCUGCCUGGCCUUCGUCAACAGCUGCGCCAACCCGCUCAUCUACCUGCUGCUGGACCGGUCGUUCCGCGCCCGGGCGUGGCGCGGGGUCUGCGUGCGCGCCCACCGCCCGGCGCGCAGGGGCAGCUCGGCGUCCUCGCUCUCUAGGGACGACAGCUCGGUGUUCCGGAGCCCCGGCGGCGGCUGGGAGCGAGCCCGGACGGCCAAAGGUGGCUCGGCGGUGCUGUAG